AUGGAUGCUUGCCAUAUGUUGUUGGGGAGGCCUUGGCAGUUUGACAGGGGUGUCAUGCAUGAUGGCAGGAAGAAUACUUAUAGCUUCAUGUUUAAUAACAUUAAGAUUACAUUAGUGCCCACUAGAGAACAAGGUCUUAAACCCCAAGGGAAAAAUGUGACUAAUCUGUUGUCCAUGAAUAAAUUUGUGGAAGAAGUAAAAGAAACUGGAAUGAUGUACUUGUUGCUGGGAAGAUAUUCUGAAGAAGAAGAAGCUAGUGUGCCUGAGCCGGUUCAAGAGGUGCUCAAGAAGUUUCAAGAUGUCUUUCCUGAAGAGAUGCCUACGAGGUUACCACCUGCUAGAGAUAUUCAGCACCAAAUCGACUUAAUAUCGGGUGCCUCCUUACCUAAUAGGCCUUAUUAUAGGAUGAGUCCUAUGGAGCAUGAGGAGUUGAGAAGAUAG